AUGCAGGACGUAGGCUCGUCGCGCGGUGCUCGUGGGAGACAGAAGACAGCACGGACGAAGCAGGGCCCACCGCCUCCGCCGAAGACCGGUCGCAAGACAGCUCAAGAAGAUGUUGGACUCGAAGUGGAGAUCGUAAUAACGGCGCGCCCAGCAACACAGUCUACGGCGAAGUCAACGAAGAAAAAGAAGCCUACCCCGGACCCGUCACUCUAUAUGUUUGCAGCACGAGAAGGAUAUCUACAAUCGGCUAGUUCACCGACUACUGCUGCACGACAAGGCAAUGGGCAAUCAGCUAGUCCACCAACUACUACGGUUGAAACGUCUCGUAAACGCAGCUCAAGUUCGUUACCGACUACCCCACAACAGAAACGCCGUGCUAUUGAGAUGCCAGAAGAAGAGAGAACGCCGGCUCGGAGUUCUCUGACGAAGACGAGGAGGCUGCAGAACGUUACGACCAAUUUGCAGCAAGCUGAGGCAAGCGCUGCAGUGUCGGCUGAACUACAACAACGUCUCGCUAUCUCAAACCCUGACGUCGGCACAUGCUUCGAGAACAUCGUCGGUUCAUAUGAUUACAUUCGUUCCGAUGAUGAGAUCGAUGGAAAUGAGUCGGCGGACGAUGAAGACGAAUCUUGUUUAACUAACGAGAUGAAUCGCGAGCCGAUGGAAGAGAACGAACACGAUUGGUAUCUUGAUGAAUACGGCAUCGACAUUAAUGACGACGACGAGCUGCUCAAGUUGGCUAAGAAUCGCGAUGAAAUCAAGGAAUGGGAAACGGAUGGAUGGGAAGAAGUUGACCCGUCGGUGGAGAGCCAAACCGAAUUCGGUAACAUCUACAGCGGAAAAUUCGGUCCGACGCAGGAGCUGGUGGAUAUUGCGAAUUCACCCCUCAAACUGUUUUGGUAUUUUCUGCCACAGAGCCUCUGGCAAAACAUUGCUGACGAGUCGAACAAGUAUGCGAAGCAAGCGGUCAUUACCCGCGCUCGACGCAUUCGAGAUCUCCACAAAAAGCUCAGGCGGAAAGGUGUCAUGCGAAAUUCACCAGUGGAAUCGCUUCGCGAAAUCCGACAGCGCUUGAGGAAAAUGCCUCCCAUUCAGCCUUGCGAACUCCACGUGUUUUUAGGGCUCCUCAUUGCUCGAGCACUGGCACCGAUUAGGCAUCGUUUAUCUGCGCAUUGGAGUACAAGUAGCAUCGGGGCGAUUCCUAGCGGAACAUUUGGCAAGUGGAUGGUUCGAAACCGGUAUGAUCUGUCUUGGAAUAUUACUAUAAUGUACGACUAA